UGAAGGAGAGGCAUUCAGACCUGCUGCUUCGGUUGACAUUCCAUUUUCACUCGGUCGUCGCUGCCAAAAAUAUCACCUGUCUCGACUGAGCCAGGAUGGAUUGUGUUGCUUUAGGUCUGGUCCUGUUGAUUUCCUCUUAUGUGAGUGCCAACUCUACUUCGACCGAAUCAUGGAUCAUGCUAUCGCAAAAUGGGGAAUCACUCACCAAACAACCAAGAGAUGGUUCAAGCGCCUUGCCCACGGGGAUGAUUAUGCCUCGCAACUUCAAGUCUUCGAGGGACACAAUUAACAACCGAGACCAAGGUGAUCCCCUUCCAUGUGGCACAUAUAAUUUGAAUCCUGGCCAGACCGUCACCAUUCAGUCUCAGAACUACCCAUAUAAAUACCCAGCAGGCUACUCCUGCCAGUGGACCUUCCAGGGAACAUCUUCAGAGUCAUCCAUAUCCAUAACAUGUACUGACUUCAGAUUGCAGUACUGCAAAUAUUCAUUUGUGAUUAUCACCGGAGAAGAUCUCUAUAAAAAGUACUGUUGGGUACAAGAUCCUUUUACGGAAACAAGUAAAAAUAAUCAGAUGCAAGUUUUUUUCCAAACAUUGAGGCGACAAGGAUAUGGCUUCUCCUGCACUGUUACUGCCUCAGUUCCAUCAACUACAACAACUUCUACUAUAACAACAAGAACUACCACCACCACACCAUCAACAACAAGAACCUCUACUCCACCAUCAUCAUCAACAACAACUUCUACUACAACAACAAGAACAACAACUACUAUGCCACUGACAACAACAAGAACAACUACUGCCACACCAUCAACAACAACACCAAGAACCUCUACUUCAUCAUCAUCAUCACCAUCAACAACUUCUCCUACAACACCAGCAACAACAACAACUCCUACAACAACAACAACUACUAUGUCAUCGACAACAACGUCAUCCACAACAACCAAAGAGCCAUGCCGAUGUGGCCGACGAAAUCCUGUGGUCAGGAUAGUUGGAGGGCAGCCAACAACAGUGCAUGAAUACCCCUGGCAAGUGGGAUUAACAACUCUCUUGUCAAACAAACCAUUUUGUGGUGGCUCAAUCAUCUCUAACCAAUGGGUCCUAACAGCAGCUCACUGUGCUGCAGGAGCCAGCCCGUCAAAUUUGUAUGUGGUAAUUGGAGAGCAUAACUGGGCCACAACAUCUGAGACGAACGUAGCACAGAAAAUCAAAGCAUUAUUUAUGAUUGUCCAUCCACAAUACAACAGUGCCACUCUAGACAAUGAUAUGGGUUUGAUCAAACUAGCGUAUGCAGUUACUUUCCCAGCAGACAACAAGAUUGCUCCCGUGUGUCUGCCAGAUCCAGGCAAUGACUAUGCUAAUGUGAAUGCUACAGUUACUGGCUGGGGAACAACUACAUCAGGUGGUACCCAACCUCAAGAAUUAUAUGAGGUGGUAGUGCCAACAAUGACCAAUACAAAGUGCCAACAAUCAUAUGGAACAAAUAGCAUCACAGCAAACAUGAUUUGUGCUGGAGUGGAUGCUGGAGGAAAAGAUUCUUGUCAGGGCGACUCAGGAGGGCCACUGGUAACUGAGGUCAAUGCAGUCCAAACCUUCAUGGUUCAGAUUGGAGUGGUUUCCUGGGGCAAUGGCUGUGCCCUGCCCAAUUAUCCUGGGGUAUAUGCCAGAGUGAACAACUAUCUCGACUGGAUAUCGGCAAACAUUGCAGGCUCUGAAACUUGUCCAAGGCCAUAGGCACAUUAAUUUUGUUAAAAUAACAACAAAAAAGAAGGAAAGGCAGAUGUCCCAAGAGGAUUAUAGUACAUUUAUUCUAGCUGAUCAUGAAGAAUAUACUCUGAUAAUGGAUUCGUGUGUGCAGUAACCAAUCCUAUAGUAUUGAACUUUUGAGUAUUCAAUCCAAUCUAUCAUUUUUUCCACUCUUUUAGCUAUAGAUAUUAAUAGCAUUGUUCUGUAAUUGGUAUCCUCAAGGAACUGAGGUGGUUCAAAAGUACGCUCAUCUAGUUGUCAUGAAUACAUAUACAAGAAUUGUCAACAUAGUGACAAGGAAAACUUUUAUUGUUCUUGGAUUUCUAUGUAAGAAUAUGCCAAUAAAUUUUCUAAGUAAGUUACCAUCUUUGCUAACAUG